AUGGUCGACUCGGUGAAGAAGUGGCAGAUGACGUUCUUCUAUGUGAGGAACGAGAGCCCGGCAUUCGACCGGAUAAACCUGACGGACUACAACCCGGAGCCGCCGACUGCCCGGCUCAACUGGGGCGUCAACUGCAAGCCGGCUGACCCCGAUGCGGAGGUAAACAUGCUCUGGAACUUCCUUGAGGAGUGUGUUGCCGAAGAGCGGCUGUGCGCAGCCGACCUCCUCUGCUGCUACGCCUCGCGCCAGGCCCAGGUCGCCAAGCGGGUCAACUCCAUCUCCCAGGCCAAGCUGGCGGAAAACUGGGGCUGGGGGAUGGAGCCCUACCACCGCGCUGAUCUUCCGCCGCUGCAGGCUGAGGACGGCGACCUGGCGCUGAAGAAUUGGACGCCGGAUCACAUUGAUCCGGCUGACCAAGCCGGCGACGACGAGAACCCGGAGGCGGCUGAUCAAGCCGCCCACGGGCAUGAUGACCCGCCGCCUUCCCCGCAGCCGCACGAGGAGGAGCUGGAGGUGGACAUGCCAACCUCUUCGGCACCAAUCCGCGCGGUGCCGCUGGCGGCGAGGCUGCCUGCAACCUCUGCGUCUUCCACGGCCGCGCCCAAGGGGCGGAAGCGGCCCACCGAGCGGACCACCGCCCAGCUUGAGGCGAAGCUGAAGAAGCAGCGCAGGCGGAGCCGAAGGGCCGCCAUCAAGUUUUCCAAGGGCGUCGGCUCCGGCCCGGCCUCUGGAGUUGUGUCGCCGCUUCAGCGGCAAAGGAGGGAGCCGACUCCGCAACCUCUGCCACGCUCGCGCAUGCCACCGAUCAUCCCGCCGCCUGCUACGGGGGCGGGUCUUUCUUCAGCUGCACCUUCGCCAGGUGCAUCCGCCUCCGGCUCUCGGAGCGAGCGGGCUCGCCGCGCCGGCCAACCUUCCAUUGAUGACCUUUUCCCGCGCCGCAGCCGACCUAUCGAGCCUGCAGGCGGAGCUGGCAGGGCCGCGCCGCCAGCCGGGGCCGGCAGGGCCGCACCGCCAGCCGGGGCCGGCAGGGCCGCGCCUGACGUUGUCGUUCUUGACGGCAGCCCAGACACUGUGCUGCCGCUAGAGUCCACCAUCCCCACCGGCCCGGCAGGUCCAGCCGUGCCGCCUCCAGCUUCGGAGCCGGGGAGGGAGGAGUCGGUGAGGCAGGAGCCGGAUCGCCCGGCUGACACGGACGCUAGGACGCUGGUGAAGGCGAAGGGCCCGACGCAGGCGCCUGAGGGGCCGACGCAGCCGCUGGUCAGCCUCCACGUCUCUCCGGCCACCUCGCUGCUGAACGUAGUGUCCGCCUCCGACUCCAGCCUCGGCUCAGCCGGCACUAUGGAGAAGGAGUGGUGCCAGGCCGACGCCGGCGAGGUGACCAGCCGGGAAGGAAGCAAGGGGAGGGCGUCCAUGGAGAUGUUCUUCUCCAGCUUCCGCGCCUAUGCCAAGGCCGCAACCACCGAGAUCGAGAACCGACUGGCGCGGCUGGAGAUGGCCAGCAAGGCGGUCGAGGACAAGCGAACCGCCCUGUACCACCGGCUCGUGGCCAGCUACCACAAGGCCAAGAUCGCGCGGGCCGACAUGGCGUGCGAGCUUGAGGCUGCCAAGGCUGCUGCUGCCUGGGUCCCUCAGCUAGAAGAGGACCUCCGAGUCGCCCGCGCACAAUGCGUUGAGGCCGAGAAGGUGGCCAAAGCGGCAGCUGCCAAGGCGCAGGAGACCGACGGGGAGCUGGCACGGCUGCGCCAGCUCAAGGAGAAGGUGGACGACUUGAGCAAGCGGCUGGAGGAGGUGGACCGGCAGCGCCUGGAGCUGCGCGAAGAGGUGACCUCCAAGUCCAACGAGCUGACGGCCACCGCCAAGCGCUGGGUGGAGGAGAUUAGCUCACUUGACCGUGGCUUGGCGGGCUGGGGGCAGGCAGUGUUUCUCAGCCGGCUGCUUCCAGUCUUUGCUUUUUAA